UCAGACGAUGUGGAGGCGAACUUUGUGAGGACCAGAAGAUUGUUCUGGAGUCCCGAUUUGAGGAGGUGGGCGUGGACUUGGGUUAGCUUCUCGAAGGUGUUGCAGGCUUGAAGAAGAGCUAGGCAGCUCUGCUCUGCUUCUCUUUUCCCGAAUGUUCGGACCAGGCUCGUUUGGGACUGCAUUUUCAUUCCCCAAGGUCUCUCAACGGCCACAUUUCUGCAGGAACCGGACCGGCCCUCCGGGUUUGACGGAUACCCAACGACGACGUUUUGGUCCAUCAAACGAAAACAAAAAAUCCACCUGGGAGGUUCAAAAUCGGCCACGUCACUCACGUUUACGUCUUUCUCCAAAUCUCGUUUCUUGUCUUCGACCUUUUGUUUCUGGACCAUUAACAUCAGAAGAAUUUCAAUCUCGCGCGAUCGCAGAGAGGGGGAAAAUGAGAAGGUUAUCUUGGCUUCUUAGUCCAGGGUUGGUCCAUGGAAGAUAUUCCUGUAAGUCUCGUGUCAAUCCGGCUCGGUUCUACUCCGAUCCGUCAUUCCAUAAGGCCUCGGGUCCAUUAAUGCACUAUAGGAAUUUAGUUGAUCAAGGGAAGCUACAGCAUGAUCCUUACCAGGAAAGAGUUGCAUCAGAAUUGGAAAAAUUAUGUGGAAGGUUGGAAAAAUAUGAGCAAGACAUGGAGGAAUAUCAUGCAAAGCUAGCAAUGUGGGAGGAGAAGAGGGAGCUUGAGCGACGCAGACUUUUGAUGGAGGAAGCUGAACAAAAGCAAGAGGGAGGCUUGUGGACAUCGGUUAAUAAGAAGCGCAAUGGUCUUCUAGAAAGAUGGAUGUUCCAAAGAAAACCUGAGAAUGUAGAACCUGGAGUGGGUAAAUGGGUUUCAUAUCUCAACCGAGAGAGGAAAUUGGAUUCAGUAGUUGGUCGCCGCCCAACUCUACCUCCAUCUCCAAAAGGAUUGUAUAUAUAUGGCAACGUUGGUAGUGGAAAGACAAUGCUUAUGGACAUGUUUUUUGCUGCCACUGACGGAACUGUUAAACAACGGAGGAGGCUUCACUUUCAUGAGGCUAUGCUGAAAAUAAAUGAACAUAUGCAUAGGACUUGGAAAAAUCAAGUGGAGGAAAAGUCAUUACAAUCAAGCAUAUCAAGCUGGAUUAUGAAUCUGCCGUUUGAUGUAAAAGUUAAGGAAUGGCUAGCUGCAGAAGAACGAUACAAAAAAGAAGUACAGAUGAAAAACAUUCUUCCUGCUGUAGCAGAUAAGUUUCUAGUGGACCAGCAAGCAGAUCGAAGAGGAGCUAGUGUUCUUUGCUUUGAUGAGAUACAAACUGUUGAUGUAUUUGCUGUUGUGGCCUUAUCUGGAAUUUUAAGCAGAUUGUUAAAUACCGGAACUGUUCUUGUGGCCACCAGUAACCGAGCGCCAAAGGACUUAAAUCAGGAUGGCAUGCAACGUGAGAUCUUUCUAAAACUUGUUGCUAAGUUAGAGGAGCGCUGUGAGAUCGUUCCAAUUGAAAGUGAGACUGAUUAUCGCCGUUUAAUAGCACAAACAUCUGAAGACCAGGUUCAUUAUUUCUGGCCUUUAGAUACCACUGCUGUGAAGGAGUUUGAGAAUAUGUGGCGUGAGGCAACAGGUGAGUUGGGAGGAAAAAUCACAUCUACCACUAUUCCAGUGAUGUUUGGGAGAACAUUGGUGGUUCCUGAAAGCUGCAUUGGAGUGGCGCGAUUCACAUUUGAGUAUCUAUGUGGGCAGCCGGUAGGGGCAGCCGAUUAUAUUGCAGUAGCACAACAUUUUCACACUGUCUUCAUCUCUGAUAUUCCAGUAAUGAGUAUGCAGAUACGUGACAAGGCACGUAGGUUUAUUACCCUCAUUGAUGAGUUGUACAACCACCACUGCCUCCUAAUUUGUUCCGCUGCUUCGUCUGUUGAAGAUCUAUUUCAAGGAACCGAAGAGGGAACUCUUUUUGAUUUGGAAAGUUUCCAAUUUGAAACGGAAAUAGAAGGUGGGAAACUUCGCCGAAAUGUUUUAGCAGAAGGAAAUGUUGGUUCUGGAGGUGCUCCAGCUGGCAUAGUUUCCAUGCUAUCUGGUCAAGAAGAGAUGUUUUCCUUCCGUCGAGCAGUCUCUCGCUUAAUUGAGAUGCAGACAACUUUAUACUUGGACGGUGUUCAUACCCUUCAUCCUUAUUUCCAACGUCGGGAAUAUGCAGAUAAUUGUGCCAGUAUCUCACCAUCUUAAGCAUCAUUCAUCAUUGUGAAGAGGCUAUUCAUGCUACUUGAUUUCUUAUUAGCCUUAACCUAGAGCUUGAGAGCAAUCAAGGUAUAGGAAUUGCAUUUUACCAGUUAGAGUUACCAAUUUCAUUGGGAGAUAGAAAUUUUCGUUUUGAAUUGUGAAAGUGGAUUAUAAUAAAUGUGGGUUUCGUUAGACCAUAAACUACACAUCUAUGAAAUUUUUUAAAUAGAAUGAAAUUUUUUUGUUUAUCUAAGUA